CCGAAAUGACCGGACUUUUUGCAAGGCGAAGGGGGCGUACAUACGUAAUUAAAUGGUACAUCAAAGAACACUAAUGUAAUCCACUGUAAAAUAAAUGAUUUGAUAAGUCAUCCCAUAGUUUGAUCCAUAAUUUAUUCACUUAAGAAUUAAGUAGGUAUAACAAUAACUUAGUAAUAAAUGGUGUUUCUUUCAUGAGCAUCUGAACAUCAAAUGUCACUUAUGCUAUGAGAUAAAACUAUAAAUGGAUGACAAACAAACUUCUUCUCAAAUGGAAGAUGAACAAGAUAGCAAACAUGAUACCAUGCACACUAAUGAAAAAAGUACCAACUGGAAGCCAGAGAGUCGUAGAGUAAUUGAAGAUGUCGAUCAUAUAGCAAUUACAAUUGAUAUAGAUUCACAAGAUAUCUGCGAAGAACCUCAAAGUAGCCAACAAAAUGAUGUACAAAGAAGAGACAUAAAUGAAGGCCGUCACAGCCAAAUUGAUUUACUAACAUUCACAGCGGACUAUGAAACAAUUAAAGAACUCCAGAAGAAGGCACAGCCGAAUAUUAAUUACUUCCUGGCAUUGCAAUCACUAAUAAAUAGUAAGCAAUUUUCUUCGGAAUCGCUUCAGUUGAAGCGUCAGUCAGUGACUAUAGAAAAUGCGGACGGUGGGAUAUUAAAUAAGGAAAAACAGCUCCUAAAUAGAAACAUUGACUUUCCGGCAGAUUUAACUUUUCAACAGCGACUGAAGGCGUACUGCAUGGCAGCACCAAUCCAACUAGAAUCGGGACUAUCUUCGUUUGAUGAUAAGUACACUCGGCAUGAAUUUAUCCGUAAAGUCUUUGCACUCCUGUUUAUUUGUCUGGCAUUUACAACAGCCUUUAUCGCCGUAUUUGCAUUUGCACAACCCGUAAGAAUGUACUUCAGGGAGAAUAUAGGGGUAUCUAUUAUUUUAAUGUAUACAACGCUAGGAUUUGCAGUGUUUCUAAUGUGUCUUGUAUCCUGUGUCCCCUCUCUCGCCCGAUCAUUCCCCUCUAACCUUUUCGUUUUGGCACUAUUUGUACUUUUUUAUACGGUAAGUUGUGGAAUACUUGCAGCACUUCAUUCAGAACACGCCGUGCUUAUGGCUGCAGGACUUACUGUCUUGAUUGUGGCUAUUAUCAGUUUAUUCGCCAUACAGACGAGGUGGGACGUGACAGGUUGCGGCUUUAUUCUUUUUAUAGCUUCGAUAGCGUUCUCUUUUGCUGGUUUUAUUUUUUUCUUAGUUUAUUGGCUAACAGGAUUGGUAGCUAUGUAUAUCAUCUACUGUGGCCUUGGAGUAGCGCUUUUUUCCGUGUAUUUGAUGUACGACAUACAACUUAUUAUGGGCGGCCGUAGAUAUCAAAUCAGUGAAGAAGAUUAUAUGCCAGCAGUAGUGAUGUUAUACAUUGAUAUACUUGGAAUGUUUGUAUACCUUUUGGGUCUAUCGGAUCUUAGUGGUUAAUAGCACCAUAAAUAUUUCAACAUCAUAUGUAUGACACUUAUAGUAAAUACUUCUGUUUCUGAUUGUAAAGAAAUCAGUCACUUCUUAGGUAUUUUGUAUAAAAAAUAAUUUAUAGUAUGGAAAAUCUAAAAUUUGUGUUAAGUACCUAAAUACUAAAUAGAAGAUUCUCUUGGUUUCAUCAGGGUUAC